UUCGCCCCCUCCCCCGCCUCCCGCUCUGCGCAGGCGCAGUGCGGCGGCGGCUCGGCGAGGGGAAGGGCGAGUCGCCACUGCCGCCGGAGCGGGGGGAGACUCGCGGGGCUCCGCUGGCUCCCGCCGCCGCCAUGGCGGGCGCGGCCCCGGCCCUGAUGGAAGAGGAGGAAGAAAAGGAGGAGGAGAAGAAGAAGGAGACGAAGAAGGAGACUACGGGCGAGCGGCCGCCCCUCUCGGCGGCAGCGCUGGCGAAGAUCGAGCGGAACCGGCAGCGGGCGCUGGCACUGCGGCAGGCGCGGCUGGCGGCCCGGCCCUACCCUGCCGCAGGCGGCGUGCGGGUGCGGGCCCCCCCCAAGGUCGUGGACACGGGAGGGGGCUUCCUCCUGGAGGAGGAGGAGGAGGAGGCGGAGGAAGAGGCCGGCGGCGCCAAGAAAAUCGUGCAUCCCCCCGCACCUGUACUAGAGUUUGACUAUCUCAUCUGUGGAGACUGUGGCAAAGAAUUCAUGGACUCCUACCUUAUGCAGCACUUUGAUUGGGCAACAUGUGAUAAUUGCAGAGAUGCUGAAGAUAAACAUAAACUUAUAACAAGGACAGAAGCGAAAGAAGAGUAUCUUCUUAAAGACUGUGACUUAGACAAGAGAGAACCAGUACUCCGAUUCAUUGUGAAGAAAAACCCUCAUAAUUCACGAUGGGGUGACAUGAAACUGUAUUUAAAACUACAGGUAAUCAAGCGUUCUCUUGAAGUCUGGGGUAGCGAAGAAUCACUGCAAGAAGCGAAGGAACUCCGCCGUGACACCAGAGAGAAGAUGAAACAGAAGAAGUUUGAUAAGAAAGUUAAAGAACUCCGCCGUGCUGUGAGGAGCAGCUUGUGGAAGAAAGAAGCUAGAAUCCAUGAACAUGAGUAUGGACCAGAAGAAAACAUUGAUGAAGAUACAUUUAAAAAGACAUGUACUGUAUGUGGCCAUGAAUUAACUUAUGAGAAGAUGUAGUGCUAACCUGUUUUUUUUUUUUUUUUCUUUUUCUUAAUUGCGUUAUCUGUUUAAUGGUAUUUUGUAUUUAAAGUGAAAUAAAUUCUAAUUAUGAACAAGCCAAAUUCUGUGAAGCAUG